AUGGCCUGUUACAAGGUUAGUUCGUUCAUCAUGAUAUUGUUGUUUGUCACUUUAGUAUCAACCGGCAGCGGAAAACGCUUUGCAGAGCCACGUAAUCUUUUGGAGGUUCCCGAUCUUCCUAAGCCGACACUUCCAGAGAUUCCAAAGCCGACACUUCCCGUGAUUCCCAAGCCUACACUUCCGGAGCUUCCAAAGCCCAUUAUCCCGGAAAUUCCCAAGCCUACACUUCCCGAGGUUCCAAAGCCUGAGGUCCCUGUGGUUCCAAAGCCUACCAUUCCUGAGAUUCCCAAGCCUACACUUCCCGAGGUUCCAAAGCCCGAGAUCCCCGUGGUUCAGAAGCCAGAAGUUCCUGAGCUUCCAAAGCCUACAUUUCCUGAAAUUCCAAAGCCAGAGCUUCCAACUCUUCCAAAACCCGAAGUACCAAAGGUUCCAGAAGUCCAUGAACUGCCUAAACCCACCAUUCCUGAGUUGCCCAAGGACUUUCCUAUUCCUUCCCUACCUCAUCCAUAG